CAGAAAACAAAUUUAAAAGACGAGUUGAUUGCGAGUCAUCAAAUUUGUGGGUGAGAACGAGAAGAAAGGGAAAACAAUGGAAGAACUAAGGAAACUAGAACAAGUACAUACACUCAUUACAUUAAUGGACUCCCGCGGAAUCCCCAUCACUUCUUCUUCUUCCUCCAAUCGAUUCAUUGCCAAUUUCCUUCUCCUUUUGGUGCAACCAUGUGGAGAGCUUGACUUUGACGAUAAAUUCGAUUUGGUUUCUGAAUACAUGCCGAAGUUUUCGGAAGAGUUUCUUGGCGAUGUAUCAUUGCUGCUUGGCGAUGGAGACUAUAGGGGAAAGGAGAUGGAAAACACUUUGCAGCCUUAUUGUGACAAUAAGCUGGAUCUUGGUUCUUCCCAGAACUAUUGUGGGGAAAUGGCUAUGGUUGGCUUGGAUGCAAUGCAGCGUGCAAAUUCUACACUUGAAGAUUUUUUCAGAUCUUAUUUCAUGUUUCACGGAAUGGAUGCAAACAAACCUCAAUCUGUAUUCAAAUACUUUCCCAUUCUGUCAUUUACGGAAAGUUACAUAUAUCAGCUGGACACUUUGAAUGAGAAGAUAGUUUUGGGUGGAUUUGCUUUUGGAGAAUCUCAGGAAACAAAUGAAAAGAGCACUAAGAUUCUAAGUGCUAUCAGAUCUGAUCCACUUCAACCACUUAUUAAUCUCCUUAAAUCACAUGGCUUAUUGACAGACAGAUUGGUCCACGAACUGAGAAGUGGAGAGGAGUAUUGGGCCUUGGAAAGGGACCUAUGUGGUGCAUUGGCGAGCAAUGGAAAGGUCUCUAUCGAGGAUGUAAUGCGGGCUAUUCAUCUGAAAUCUUUUGAUUAUAGAGUGUUGAACCUUCUUUUGUAUCAGUUGAGAGGAAAGAAGGUUAAUGACUUGCACAUGGAAUUUCUAUCAAUCUCAGAAUUGCUAGUUGAGAUAGCUGACGAUUUGUUUGAUUAUGAGGAUGAUGUACUAGAGAAUAAUUUCAAUAUUCUGCGGAUGUUUGUCCGGAUGUAUGGAGCUUCAGCUCCAACAGCGCUGGCAAAAUAUGUGAGCGAGGCUGAGGAAAAGUAUGACGAACUAUUAAAAGCUUUGGAUCCUCAUUUAUCCUCACUUUACCAAAGGAGAUGUGAAGAGGCCACUAAAGAAGGUGGUAAGGUGUCAGCACAUCGGUUUGGAUCGUGGAGUAUCCCACCUCUGAUACGAGAUGAGGAGUCGUUUCGAGCAUCUGUUAUGUCAAAUAUUCAAACAUGAAAGGUGAUAGUAACCUCAUAACCUCGUAACAAAUGUUGAUGAAAUAGCCUUCCUAAAUAGGGGAUUGUUGGUUCUACUAAUUUUUAUGCAUUGGUUUUUGAAAUAUAUUUUAGUGGUAAGAAAGGGUGUAUAAUUAUGAGUGAUGUUCGUAAUGCACCUACCUAUUUUUAUUCAAAUAGGUCUACCACGUAGUUUACUCUUUUGUAACUUUAAGACAUGAAUUUCAGUUGCAAAAAUUAAUAUAAAUUUGAGCCCAUUAACUACUUCUAA